AUGAUAUUUACAAUAAUUCUCGCUGUAUUAAUAGUUAUUGUAGCUUGUGUAUAUUAUAAAUUGGUAUAUAAACAGAAGCAAAUAUAUGACGCUUUCAGGUCACAAGGUAUCGCUUGUGAGCCGUUUCGUCCCCUAGUUGGUCAACUACCUGACAUGAAACAAUAUGCUAUUCGCGAUGAAUUCAUGCAGUAUCAUUGUGAUCUACAUUUAAAACAUGGUAAUAUCUAUAUAUUUAACUUUGGCCCGUUUCCUCGUGUGUUUAUCUAUGAACCAGAAUUGAUAUCUGAUGUACUAAAAAAAUUUACUCGUUAUUACCAGAAAUCUAAUUUAGCUCGUGGUGAACUUGGCUCAUUAAUUGGUUUACAGAACUUGUUGCUCUCUGAUCAUGAACAUCAUGAAAAAUCACGACGAAUGUUACAACCGGCAUUUCAUUCGGAUAACCUCAAGUCAAUGGUUAGCAUAAUGUCAUAUCACACAACACAACUAAUCGAGAAAUGGCUAAAGGAGGCAAAGACAAAUAAUCAAUUCGAUCUACAACAGGAGUUAAGUACUUUGACAUUGUCUGUUAUAAUCUCGUCAGCAUUUGGUCAAAUAACAAAUAAUAGAAAAGAAAGUAUUUCUCAAACAUUUUCCAAAUCACUUGAUCUACUACAAUAUCGUACAAUGUUAAUGAUAACACAAAUUCCAUUUUUAGCAAUAUUGCCAUUAUGGAAAAAGCAAAUUUUAGAUCAAGCAGUUGCUAAAAUUAGCCGUUUCGUUAAUCAAAUUAUUUUGGAUCGCAAAAGUGGUCUUUCACAAAGUAUGUGUUCUAGUAAGGAUCUUUUGGAUUUGUUGCUGUCUGCGAAAGAUAGUGAUGGUGAAGGCUUUACACAGCAACAGAUAAAAGAAGAAGCAUUAGGAUUUGUGAUAGCUGGACAUGAAACUACCGGCAAUUUAUUGACAUGGUGCCUUUAUAUUUUAAUGACACAUACUCAUGUCUAUGAAGCAUGUCAGGACGAAGUAGAUCAAGUGUUAGGCUCACAAUUAACACCAGACUACGACUUAUUAAGUAAAUUAAAAGUGAUUGAUGCGGUUCUUCAUGAAACAUUACGUCUAUACCCACCAGCUCCUAUUCUCGCUCGACAGUGUGUUAAAGAACAUACGAUUGGUACCAACAGUCAACGACAACUGCGUAUCCCAGUUGGUGCUACUAUUGCUAUUAACACGUAUGUUCUUCAUCGUAUGGAACAGUUUUGGCCUCGUCCCUUAGAAAUUGAUUAUACAAGAUGGAUGAAUGGAGGACCAAAAUUAGCACAUUCGUGUUGUUAUCUACCAUUUGGCGCUGGAAAUCGUAAUUGUAUUGGACAAACAUUCGCUCUCAUAGAAGCUAAGGUGAUUUUGUCGAUGUUACUCCAACGGCUAAAAUUUGAUAUUGUCGAAGGACAAAAGAUCGUGCCCGAAAUUAAAAUAACAAUGAGACCAAAAUAUGGUCUUUUGGCUAAAGUAACAAGGCGAAUUGUAAUUUGA